AUGGAGCUGUGCUCUAAUUUCGAUGCAGAUGAAAUACGUAGAUUAGGAAAAAGAUUUCGAAAACUCGAUUUGGAUAAUUCAGGUGCGUUAAGUAUUGAUGAAUUUAUGUCAUUGCCAGAAUUACAGCAAAACCCAUUAGUACAACGGGUUAUAGAUAUAUUCGAUGCUGAUGGUAAUGGAGAGGUUGAUUUUAAGGAAUUCAUUCAAGGUGUAUCACAAUUCAGCGUUAAAGGUGAUAAAGAAUCUAAAUUAAGGUUUGCAUUCAGAAUUUACGAUAUGGAUAACGAUGGAUAUAUUUCAAAUGGUGAAUUAUUUCAGGUUUUAAAAAUGAUGGUCGGUAACAAUUUAAAAGAUACGCAAUUACAACAAAUUGUCGAUAAAACAAUAUUGUUUGCCGAUAAGGACGAAGAUGGAAAGAUAAAUUUUGAAGAAUUUUGUAAUGUUGUCGGAAACACCGAUAUUCAUAAAAAAAUGGUUGUGGACGUGUAA